AUGACUUCCGAAGGUUCCCCCACACACUGCUCUUCUGAGCCCUGUGCCAACGCCUCUGGCUGUGCACCUGCUUCCGCCCGCUCCCUGGAAAGGACUUGUCUCCCCAGUGACUGCUCUGCAGGCAGAUGUCAGAGCCCCCGCGUCCUCUCCAGAUCUUGCUUGUCCACCAGUUGCCUCACGCCGUGCUACUUGGUUGGGAGUUGUGACAAUCCAUGCUUGGCGGGGAGCUGCGCGUGGUGUGAGGAUGGGAUGUUCAACAGCAACGAGAAAGAGACCAUGCAGCUCCUGAAUGACAGACUCGCCAGCUAUCUGGAGCAGGUGCGCAGCCUGGAGGAGACCAACGCCGAGCUGGAGUGCAAGAUCCGAGAACAGUGUCAAGAGAGUAUCCCACUGCCGUGCCCUGACUGUCAGUGCUACUUCAACAUCAUUGAAGAUCUCCAGCAAAAGAUCUUGUGCACGAAAGCAGAGAAUUCUAGACUUGCUGUACAGCUUGACAACUGCAAACUGGCUGCUGAGGACUUCAGGACAAAGUACGACAGUGAACUGUCCCUGCGUCAGCUGGUGGAGAACGACAUCAGUGGCCUGCGUGGGAUCCUGGGUGAGCUGACCCUGUGCAAAUCUGAUCUGGAAGCCCAAGUGGAGUCUCUGAAGGAUGAUCUCCUUUGCCUUAAGAAAAGCCAUAAAGAGGAGGUCGACUUGCUCCGUGACCAGCUCGGUGACCGACUCAGUGUGGAGCUGGACACCGCCCCCACCAUCGACCUCAACAAGGUCCUGGAUGAGAUGCGCUGUCAGUAUGAGACGUUGCUCGCCAACAACCGCAGAGACGUGGAAGAGUGGUUCGCUGCUCAGACAGAGGAGCUGAAUCAGCAGCAGCUGACCAGUGCAGAGCAGCUGCAGGGCUGCCAGACAGAGAUGCUGGAGCUGAAACGCACAGCCAACGCGCUGGAAAUUGAGCUUCAGGCACAGCAAAGCCUGAUAGAAUCCCUGGAAUGCACUGUGGCAGAAACUGAGGCCCAGUACAGCACCCAGCUGACCCAGAUGCAGUGCCUGAUCGAUGACGUGGAGAACCAGCUGGCUGAGAUCCGCUGCGACCUGGAGCGGCAGAACCAGGAGUACCAGGUGCUGCUGGACACCAAGGCCCGGCUGGAGUCGGAGAUCAACACGUACCGGGGCCUGCUGGAGAGCGAGGACUGCAGGCUUUCCUGUAAUCCCUGUUCGACAGCGUGCACAUCAAACAGCACUUGUGAGCCAUGCUCAGCCUACGUUCUCUGCACAAUUGAAAACUGCCACUUGUGA